AAAGCAUGUCAUAAUCGCCCAGAACUAGUUGCAUCAUGUAAACAAAUUUCAGGUACAAAUUUUAUAUGAGAACAAAGGCGCAAGGACGGAAAUAAAUUUAAGUUCGACGAAAUUGAAUAAUGUCAUAUUUACUAACUGAAAUAGCUCUCGAAAUGUUAGGUUACAAGUUUUAUGAUAUUGAUGGGAAGUUCGGUCCUACAAGUUUUCAACAAAUUGGCAUUGUUCAGCAAUCUCAAUCAAAUGAAUUUUCGGGUGAACUUCUACAAACAAUUAUCGGAUUUGAAACAGAAAAUUUGAAUGGAAAUAUUUCAACAGAGAGCAAUCGCGAAAGUACUGUCGAAGGUGUACAAUAUUGCAAUGAUUUAGAUAUUCCAGAAAAAAAAUCUGGUCAUACGCGUACUUUCUCUGCUGGUUUGAAAAAGCUCUUGGAUCUUGAAUACGAGAGACUUCGCAGUCAAGUAGAACAAACGGUACAUCGUGAUACAGAAAGUUUUAUUGAUAAAAACGGUGGUAUUCCAAUGGAAGGCGCAAUGCAAGAUAUCCUAAAGACUUUUAUGCUUAGAGAAAAGGAUAAAUUGGAGAAGGAGGCGCAAACAUUGCAAUGUUUUCGAAAACUGGUGGAAAAAAGCACAUUUAAAAUGGACCAGGAUGUUUACAAUCAAUAUAAAAAAGUUUUCGUUGCAAGUAAUAAAACAAAAUCAGCUUGUGUAGAUUGACUUUGGAGAGUAUAAAUAUAGUUCGGUAAAGAUAAUUUGAGUUGUACAGUGGUUUGAAUAUUUA